AUGAAUAGGUACUUCAAGCCCCCACACUUAGACCAACUCGAAGCAUCCGAAAAGGACAAGGAGGCUGAAAAAUAUAGGGAAAAACUGUUAGAGGAAGAGGCUGUGCUGAAACAGUUAAAGAAGAUCCAAGCAGACAUAUCUAUCUUGGGGUUGCUUAUGGCUUCGCGUGUGCACCGGCAAGUUGUAUUGUCGACAAUGGAUAAGGCCAAACUGUUUAUCGACACAACUCCAGAGCAACUAGUGGGACUUGUCUUCCCGGGAGUUGAGUGUAGAGAGAAGUGGGUACCGGUUGUAUUGGUUGACACUGGGUCUGCAAUCAAUGUUUGUCCAUCUCUCACAAUCUAUGCUAUUGGCUUGAAGCCAGCGGAUUUUGUACCAACAGCCCAGCUACAAGAGAGCGACACAGAGGAACAGACUGAACAAGCUGCUGAGGUUGCAAAGAGCACAGAAAGUGAGUUCGACAUCAGUGAACUUGAGAAGUUCAACAAAGUGAAGCCCCCAAUCUUUCUGGGUGGUAUUGAGUCGUUGAAAGCCGAAACAUGGCUGCCAGAGACUGAAAAGAUAUUUGAAGUGUUCCCGUGCUCGGAAACUCAGAAAGUUUUUUUGGCUACCUACACUCUGAAAGAAGAAGCUAGACGAUGGUGGAUGCUUAUCCGAGAUAAUAGUGGGAUUAUGAUGUGGAGCCAAUUUAAAGUGAUAUUUUAUGAGAAGUACUUUCCCCAAUGUUUCAGAGACCGUAAAGUCUCAGAAUUCCAAGAACUCAAGCAAGGCAAGAUGUCCAUAGUCGAGUAUGAGGCUAAAUUCACUAAGUUAGCCAAAUUUGCUCCUCAUAUGGUUGACACAGAUUACAAAAAGGCUCAAAAAUUUGAAGGGGGCCUAAAUCUGGAUGUGUUUGAUCGAGUAGGCGUUCUGAAGUUGCCUACAUAUGUGGAUGAACUUGACAGAGCAUUGAUGGUAGAGGCCAAUCUGGCAACAAUGAAACAAGCUAAAGCACCAACAACAUAA